AUGGAUCUGGGCAGUGGUCACGCCUCUCGGGACGUGUCGUCGGAUGAAAGUGACAAUGAAGUGAGGGUUAGUAUCGAUCAGAUCAAUUUGGAGAGCGACGAGGACGAGCCCGCGCAGACGGAGGAUAAGAAGAAGGGCAAAAUGGCCGUGAAGAACGCCGACCGGCAUGGGGGCGAGAAGGGCUUGCGGCCUAUUCGAGUGGAAAGACACGAGCACGAGGAGCGAGUGGUCAGCGUGAAUAUGGAAUCCAGCUCGAGCAAAUCGGCCGAGCUGCGGCAGCAGGCGCAAGCGCAGGCCACCCAGGACGAUGCUCUGUUCGUGCAAGAUGAUGACCAGGAAACUACGCAAGAAUCGAAAGAGGGUGAGCCUCGUGUGAAACAGGAGCCUACGGAUGAUGACCAAGCCAUGGAAGAUGUUGCCGCGCACGACGAUACUAUCAUUACGGACGACGGGCUGCUACCGGUACAGAAGGUGAAGGUGCGCCGGAAUCUAGGCUCCCGAGAAACCUCCACUGCCGUCGAGACGCCUCCACCUAAGGAUCCCAAGAGUUUACUACGCACCAAAGAGGAUAUCGAGGAGUUCGAUCGCCACGCGCACGAUCUCGAUAUGAUGAAGGAUCUCCUGUCGCGAGAGGAGAAAGAAGAAAAGGAACCCGCGAGGGAGAAAGAACCAGACACGGAACAGUCCGAGAAGCCGGCGGAAGGAGAAUCCGACACCGCGGCUGACGAUAAGGAGAAGGACGCCGAAGACAAAGAAGAUGAGUCGGACCAGGGCAAGCUGGCGGGCCAACUCUUCCUGAUGCAGUUUCCACCCAUGACCCCCAAUCUAGUUGUCCCCAGCGAGAGUGAUGAAAACGCCGAGGGCAGCGCAGAUAACGCCCAGCAGGCCGACAACGACGGUACGACUACGAACGGCGGGGUUCGAUUUCAAGAACCGACCGUCAAGCACGAAGACGGAGUGGAAGUGCUAGACGGAGCGGACGAGACGACGGCGAGAGAGCCCUCCAAGGUCGUCACGGCGACGGACUGGCAGCUGCCGGCGGGACGUGUGGGGAAGUUGAAUGUGCAUGCCUCCGGACGGGUUUCGAUGAAUUGGGGAGGGAUCAGCUUCGAACUGGAUCGCGCGACGGCGGUGGACUUCCUGCAGGAGGCUCUGAUCGUAUCCACACCGCCGAAUGCCGAGGAGGUUGACGCCGAGGACGACAAGCGAGUGUGGGCGAUGGGGCAACUCAGCGGCAAGUUCACGGUGACGCCAGACUGGUCGAAGAUGUUGUGA